CGCUGUCAGCCCGAAAGGCCAAUGCCAUCGGGUCCAUGUUGCCGCCGGAGGAACCACGAAACCAGUGCGGGGGCUCCAGCAGAUUUUCAGCAGGGCGGCCCCAACCUCCUAGAAAAGCUGCCCCUCAUCAUUCAAAGCCCGUCAUCCUUUUAA